AUAGAAUUUGCUUUCCUCGCCUACUCCCCCGGCAGCCAGUUCACAGUGUGGCAGUAGUGUCUGUUCUCGUGCGUGCCUCGAGUUCUCCUCUCCAAGGGAGAAGAAGACUGGAGCGAUGGCUGCGAGCUGCCUUGCGCAGACCAACGCCCUCUUCAGGAAAAAUCUCGUGAUCCAGAGGCGAGAUUGCAAGACGAACUGCUGCCUCAUCUGCUUCCCGUUCCUCGUAUGCUUGCUGCUCGGAGGGGCGCAGAUGGUCAUCACGAUAUUUUACCUCCGUUCAGUGGCAGACAGGCCCCGGAUCAACUGCCACUACUGCACUGCUAGCACUAACGUCAGUUCCAGCAAGAACACAAUUGGAGGACUCGAUUGCCCAGCCCAAUGCCCCCUGCCGAUCGCGCCGAAAUGGCCCCCGGUGCUGCAGCUGCCGAAUCUCCCGGGUGCGUCGAUCGGAGGCGUGGAAUCCCGCGCAGCGACGUUCCUUGUCACUGGCGGCAACCAGUCAUUUGCAGAAAGUGUCAUGAGUAACAUGUUCCCCAAACACGAUUCGCCGAACUUUGCAGCUGACAUCUCCACCUUGGCUGAUUUCGCACUGGUUGUGGGUACAAAUGCAAUGCGUCCUUCCUCGCUUGGCGCUGAUGAAUAUGGUUCUGAUUUUCAUGAACAUAGCCACCUUUCGUUUCUCCAGAGCAACUGCACUGCAAACCGAACACUUUCUUUUCUAGUCCAAGAAGGUAGCAGCAAUUUCACCCAAGAUGCAGAAUGUACUGAAGGAUUAUUUCUCUGGCGUGAGAGUUUGUCAGUCAUGAACAAUGAAUUGUAUAGAGGUUUCUACCAAGAGGACAACGAGACCGAUAAAAUUGCUUCAGCAUAUGACCUCACAAGCUCAGACCUCAACAAGUUCAACUUGAUCGUCUCAUAUAACCCAACAUACAAGGGUGUUACAGAAAUUUCAUUUCUGUUACUUUCACUUUCAUUUCCACCAAUCUUGCUUCGAGUUCCACGGUUACUGAAUCUGGUCUCAAACGCAUACAUUCAAUUGAAGGGCAGUGAUACUAAGAUGCGAUUUGAGUUUGUUAAAGACAUGCCUAGAGCUGCUCAACCUGAGAUGCCUCCUGAUAUAUCUUUUUUAGUGGGGAAGCUGGUUUUUGUAUGGAUUAUAAUGCUUCUUUUCCCGGUCAUCCUGAGCAAUUUAGUAUAUGAGAAGCAACAGAAGCUAAGAACUAUGAUGAAGAUGCAUGGCCUAGGAGAUAUGGCAUACUGGACUAUCACCUACUGUUAUUUUCUUCUUCUAUCCCUACUUUAUAUGCUCUUCUUGGUUUUAUUUGGCGCCAUUGUUGGUAUAAAGUUAUUCCGAUUGAAUCACUUCGGAGUACAAUUUGUGAUCUAUUUCACCUACAUAAACUUGCAAAUUUCGUUUGCUUUUCUUAUGGCAGCAUACUUUUCUAAUGCUAGGACAGCUACUGUGACUGGAUAUCUCUUCACAAUUGGGUCUGGCCUUUUAGGAGAAUGUUUGUUCAGGCAUGUUGUUGUAGAUAUCUCCCUCUCAAGAAGCUGGACUACGCUGAUGGAGUUCUUCCCACCAUUUUCUUUGUACCGCAUAAUCUACGAGUUUUCUCCACCUCCAUCAGUUGGGUAUCGUACGGACUUUUCUGGAAUACAGUGGAGCGACUUGAAUGAUCGCAAAAAUGGAAUGAUAGAUAUUCUCAUCAUAAUGGUACUCGAGUGGGCCACGUUCCUUUUGUUAACAUUCUGUUUGGAUGAAUUUGGUACCCUACGAAAUGGAAUUAGAAAAAUGUCAAGCGUUUGUCGCUCAUGCUUGGAUGGGAGUUCUCAGGCUGCUCAGAAGCAGACCAUACAGCUUCGGGAAUUCAAAGCUUCAGUUGAAACAGGCAGGACUGAUGUUUUGAGAGAGAGAGAGAUAGUUGAACAACUCAUACAAGAAUCAGAUAGUAGUUAUUUGGUCAUAUGCGACAAUAUUAAGAAAGUGUACCGUGGAAAAGAUGGAAAUGCAGAGAAAAUUGCAGUCGGAGGGUUAUCUCUUUUUGUGCAACGUGGGCAGUGUUUUGGAAUUCUUGGUCCAAAUGGCGCUGGAAAAACCUCUCUCAUUAGCAUGCUGACUGGAUUUACUAAACCUACAUCUGGCACGGCUUAUAUUGACGGAAUGAACAUAAGGUUGGACAUGGACAAGAUUUAUACAAGAAUUGGUGUUUGCCCACAAUUUGAUUUGCUAUGGGAAACACUGACUGGUCGAGAGCAUUUGAUGUUCUACGGCAGACUUAAGAAUCUGAGGGGUGCAACAUUAGCUGUGGCUGUAGAACAAUCUCUGAAAAGUGUACGCUUAUUUGACGGCGGUGUUGCUGAUAAGUGUGUGGCGAAAUACAGUGGUGGAAUGAAACGUCGUCUUAGCGUUGCUAUAUCUCUGAUUGGUGAUUCUAAGGUUGUUUACAUGGAUGAGCCAAGUUCUGGCUUGGAUCCAGCAUCAAGGAAAGCCUUGUGGAAUGCUGUAAAGUCCGCUAAACAGGACAGAGCCAUAAUCCUCACAACACAUUCGAUGGAAGAGGCUGAAGCUCUGUGCGACAGGAUAGCAAUUAUCGCAAACGGGAGUCUGCAAUGCAUUGGGAACUCAAAGGAGCUGAAAGCCAAGUAUGGAGGCGCAUAUAUGCUGACGGUAACAGCUGCGGCGGGCGAGGAGGAGGCGGUGGAGCAGCUGGUCCGGUCCAUCUCCCCUGCCGUGAACAGGACGUACCGCAUCGCCGGGACGCAGAAGUUCGAGAUGCCGAAGCAGGGGGUGAGGAUCUCUGAGGUGUUUCAGGCCAUGGAGCAUGCAAAGAACUGCCUGAACAUCCUUGCCUGGGGCCUGUCUGAUACAACGCUGGAAGAUGUGUUCAUCAAAGUUGCUCAGGAGAGUGACACAUUCUCUGUGUAG